CAAUGCUAUAUCAUUCAAUAAGUUACAUUUUCACAAUAUGUUACAAGCAUUAAUAAAUAGCCAAGUAAUCAUAAAAUUAGCAUAAUUAUUGAUGAAAACUUUAGCAGUAACGUUAACAAAACGUUCAUUCAAAGUUAUGUGGACUUUAAUAAAAGUUAGAUAACGUAGCAGUUUUAGAUUGUUUAAAGAACAUUUAAAAUGAAAUGAAGUUAUCCAAACAAGAAAAAAAAAUUAAAAAUUACGUUUUGAAUCGUUUUCUUAUUUUUUUUUAUCUGGUUUGACAAAAGUGAUAAUGAUGAAUAAUCGAUACAGGAUGACAGCUUGAAGGCCCACACGGCUUUUAAAGUAUUUGAGACAGGUGUCAGUUUUCAGCUGAUGCUGAUGCUGCAGAUUGGCGCGGGAGGGGGCGAUGUCGUGACGUCACGCGAGACAGCCGAUGGACCGGAGGAGGAGAGAUGCGAGAACAGGGGAAGACCGGAGGAGCACGAUAAAAACCUGAGAAAUGACUGCGCCAGAAAGCACGAAAAAACAUCAAACGUUAAACAGAGGCGUCAACAUGAUGCGUCCUUCCGUCUGCUGUCUGCAAGCCAGUGAUGCAUGAAGAGCAUCCGGGAUAAAGGCGGACAUCCCUGAACAGCUGCCGCUGUCCCUGGAGCAGCAACAGACAGAGCUUUUUCUUGUCUUUUUCCUUUUUAGCGUGAGCAGAAUGUCAUCUCCUGGAAUGGGCACCCCGAGCGACCCCCUGCUGUCCAGUCCUGUAGGGGGAAAGUUCGGGACUGCCCAGGAAGGCACCUGGAGACCCACUCUGUCCAAAACAUCCAGUUUCCCAACGUCCACCACACGGCACCUGAGUCACAGAGCCAACAACUUUCAGAGGCACCCGAAGCGACGGAAACUGAUCCGGCCAUCUCCGCCGCCACCGCCAAACACGCCGUGUCCCCUGGAACAGCUCGACCUCAGCGAACUUCCUCCGAGACGCACCUUCCCCGAGCUUCUCUUCAACGGCUGUAUCUUGUUUGGGAUCGAGUUCAGCUACGCGAUGGAAACGGCAUACGUCACUCCUGUGUUACUUCAGAUGGGGUUGCCCGACCAGUUCUACAGUCUCGUGUGGUUCAUCAGUCCAAUUUUAGGAUUCCUACUUCAACCAAUUCUUGGGGCAUGGAGUGAUCGAUGUACGUCUCGCUUUGGUCGCAGAAGACCUUUUAUUUUUGCCCUGGCAAUAGGGGCUCUGCUGGGUCUGACGCUGGUGCUGAAUGGCCGGGACAUUGGAUCGGCUGUGGCUGACACCACCCUGGAUCACAAGUGGGGCAUCGUGCUGACGGUGUGCGGCGUGGUUCUGAUGGACUUCAGUGCUGACUCAGCGGACAACCCCAGUCAUGCGUACAUGAUGGAUGUGUGCAGCCCAGAGGAUCAGGACCGAGGCCUAAAUAUACACGCUCUUCUGGCAGGUCUUGGCGGUGGCUUCGGCUACAUUGUGGGUGGCAUCAACUGGGACAAAACUGAGUUCGGAAGGUCGAUGGGUGGCCAGCUCCGGGUCAUAUACCUGUUCACCAGCAUCACCCUCGCCGCCGCCACAGCCAUGACCCUCACCAGUAUCCCAGAGCGCCCUUUACCCCAGUCCCAGCCUCAAACCAGAAACACCCGCAACCUCAAGAGCCCCAAUCUUCCUUUGCCGCCCUCCCCGCCUCCCCCUCCCGGGGCCGCUGCGGACCAGGACGACGAGGAAGAUGACGAAGCCCGUUAUAACAGCCAGUUCUCUAACUGCCGCUACCAGGAUCCACUGGGUCGCUCGAGCAGUGCCAACGCACGUCUGUACGCAGGCCUCACCAGCCCCAUUUCCCCUCUGAGUCCCCUGACGCCUAAAUACGGCAGCUUCAUCAGUCGAGAUAACUCGCUCACGGGCAUUAAUGAGUUUGCUUCCUCUUUAGGCACCUCCUACAUAGACAGAGUGUUGAUUGAAUGCUACACUGGACAGCAGACUCCGUUAGAGCCUGAGGCGGUGGCUCCGCCUCUUCCUCCGGGGGACACGCCCCCUCCUCCUCAAAGUCAGACACCUGUCGCAAAUGAAGCAGCGCAGCAAUACAAACUCUCGCAGCCUAAUGGAGAGCUGCUUGCGACUGAAGCGCUGCAAGCUAAUGAGCAAAAGCAAACCAAUGAAGCAUCUGAGCAGCCUAACGAGGGCCAGCAGGCUGCGUCUGGGUCACAGCGAGGCAGUACCUCAGGGAUACUGAAGCGCCCCCAGAGUCUGGCCUUAAUGGAGGACCCGCUGAUUGUUCCGAGCGGUGCUUUGGACAAUGGUCGUAGACGCACUGUCACCUUCAGUCAGCAGGUGGCAAAUAUAUUGCUGAAUGGCAUGCGUUAUGACAGUGACCUCAGUGGCACCCAUGAAGCAGCAGACUCUCAGAUGUCAAUAAAACUGCUCUGUACCGCCAUCUACAGGAUGCCUCCAUGUUUACGAAGCCUGUGCACCAACCAUUUCCUGGGUUGGUUAUCAUUCGAGGGGAUGCUGCUCUUCUACACAGACUUUAUGGGGGAGGUUGUGUUUGGUGGCGACCCAAAGGCCCACCACGAUUCAGAGGAGUACAAGCUCUACAAUUCAGGCGUCACCAUGGGCUGCUGGGGGAUGUGCAUCUAUGCAUUUAGUGCUGCUUUUUAUUCAGCCAUUCUUGAGAAGCUGGAGGAGCGGUUCUCGCUGCGCUCUCUGUAUUUUUUCGCCUAUCUGGCCUUUGGUUUGGGCACAGGGCUGGCCACUCUCUCCACCAACCUGUACGUGGUGCUGUCUCUCUGCGUCACCUACGGCGUUCUCUUCUCUUCUCUCUGUACGCUGCCUUACUCUCUGCUCUGUGAAUACUACCAGAGCCCGCAGUUCUGCGGCUCCUCAGAGGAUGGGACCAGGCGAGGAAUGGGGGUGGACAUCUCCCUGCUCAGCUGCCAGUACUUCCUGGCACAGAUCCUGGUUUCGGUGGCGAUGGGCCCUCUGACUUCGCUGGUGGGUGGGGCCCAGGGCGUGAUGUACUUUGCAAGUCUGAUGUCAUUUGUGGGGUGCCUGUACUCCUCACUGUGUGUGGUGUACCAUCUGCCACCACCUGAGGGUGAGCCUCCCCAGAGCGAGACGCAGCCACUGCUGGUGCACAUUUAGACCUGAUCUCUCACACACCGGGUCCAAAAUUAACACCCAGGUAACCUUCCUGCAUUGCAACAUCAAUUAAAUCAUGAGGCAGAAUAAUAAAGCUCUUUGAUAUCAGAAUUUAAAAAAAAGAAAUCCAAACAAAUAAAAAGAUCAAUGACUGUCACGCUAUUUUUUUCUCUAGUGGUGAACGUCUUCAGAUGUUUAAACCUUCUUUUUUUUUUCCUUUUAUUGACAGAACUUCAGUGCACUAUGUCUGGACAAAUUUGACCACAAAAUUGUUUGAGGAACAGAAUCACGUUUUUGUAACAGAUUUUGUAGGACACAAACAUUUUUCCUUUUUUAAAAGUACAAAAAAAUAUACAUACAUUGGGGCCCACAAGUCUGGGACUAGAUUAAAGAUUUAUUUCAAAAAAAGAAAACAGAAAGACUUCUUAAGGUUUUUGCAACAUUUUUGUCAAUAUAUGUGUUAUAUAUAUGUAUU